UAACCUUAGGUGUAUCUGGAGAAUAGCUCAUGGCUGAGGCUCCAAUUUUUGAUCUUGGAAACCAGCUUUCCCAGCUGCUGUUUGUGCCUGAUAUUGUCCUUCUGAGAGACCGCAGGACAGAGGGGGACCAUAAACCCAAUCCGUAGGACUUUUCCUGUGAAUGAUGCACUGAAGAAGGGGAUGCACCCACAUUUCAAGUCCCUUCAUCAUCCUUUAUGAAGAGGGUUCCAGAGACAGAAAAGGAAAUGGGAAGGCUAAGUUGGAAAUACAUUUGACAGGUCCAAGAAUCAGCAAGGAGUCCACUGUGGUUGGAACAGCAUGAGUGAAGGAGAAAACAAGAGGAAAUGAGAGCCUGAUCAUGCCUGGCAGCUAAUGUAUACCUUGUGAAUUGACCAAAGAAGGGACUGAUGUUGAGAGAACUUAUGGACAAGCAGGAGAUUCACUAUCUACAAAAAUAUAUAUUAUUCCAAACUGAAAUUUGAAAUCCCUGCAGGCACAUCGCCCAGCACGCAUUGCAGGGCAAUCCCAUAAGGAACAGUUAAAUUUGCGGCAUCUGAGUUCCUGAUCCUUUUCCAACAUGGGAGGUGUGAAUGUCUGUAUAAAACAUGCUAUGUUCACGUUCAACUUCAUAUUCUGGCAAUGUGGUAUUUUGCUCCUGUCAGUAACAAUUUGGCUACAAAGCUCCAAAGGCACUAGUGAGAUUUUAGGUGAAGGGAUUUAUGACAUUAAUCCCCAUGUUGCUAUGAAUAUGUUGAUUGUGGUGGGUGCUGUCAUCACGAUACUGGGGUUCCUGGGGUGCUGUGGUACAGUCGCAGAAAACCGCUUUGUGCUUUUUGUGUAUUUUGUAGGCUUGUUUCUGAUCAUGAUGAUGCAGUUGUCAGCAGGUUUCUUAACAGUUAAUUUCAGAUCUAAGACAGAGCACAUUCUGAAUGAGAUUCUCUAUGAAAAUGUAGUGCUUUUGACUGCAACAGAUGAUGCUGGGAAAACAUUCCAGACAGCCGUAGCUAUGUUUCAAGAAAAGUUUAAAUGUUGUGGUUUGAUCAGUGGACCUUCUGAUUGGGGAGACAAUUUUCAAAAUUAUUUCAUGACAUGUACAUGCACAGGAGCACCAAUUCUUUGUACAUCUUAUCAAGGAAAGCUUGUUUUCAAACAGCCAUGUGCUCCUCUCAUAAAGAAAGUAGUUAGUGACCGUGUUGAAAUUAUCCUUUGGCUUGCAUUUGGACUGGCAGUUUUUGAGGUACUUGGUCUGAUAUUUUCUAUGGUCCUGGUCUGCCAGAUCAGAAAACGAUGAAUCUGUGGAUGUGUCAGACUAUCAUCAGUCAGAACUAUUUCCUUUAAAUUUCUAACUCUCUAUAUAAAUGUGUGCUGUAUAUGCCAGGUGCAGUUGUCUUGUUAAAAUAUCUCAUUUACCUAAACCACAAAUAUCUUAAAUCAUAUUAAAAACUAAGACACAAGGAAUAUAAUACAAAUGUGAUUUUUGACUCAGAACAAAAGCCAUAUUGUUUACCUUGGCUCUUUUUCAUGUGUGAGCUUUGUGUUUAAGUGGUAUGGUACUUAAAUUGUUUUUCUGGAGUCACCCAGAGGGAUCAUCUUUAUCUCUAAGUGAUGGAAUCAUAGUUAUUGAUAGUUAAGGCAGUGAAUCUGCCUUAGAAUUUAGAAGCAAAAUUCUCUUCUGCAUGGUGUACUAAACUUUAAUAAGAUUGAAUUAAGUCUCAAGUUGAAAAGCUUGAGAAUGGGUCAACUAAAAAAAUUGCCGUCCUUUUUUCUAUUUAUGUCAAUGUCUAUUAAUGGUGUCUCUCUUUUCUGCCGGUUUGGGAGACAGAUUUGACUGCUGUGUCUCAGUCUUUGCAUCUCUGUCACCUCUCUGGAUCAUACUCUGAAACAUAGUGGUUACAACUACUUUUCUCUUUGAGUUUUCAUGGACUUUGUUACAUUUUGCUCUUUGUUGAAGUUCACAUAGAAGAAUCAGAUAUUAAAUGACUAUAUACCUUUGUAAGCAUUAGCCAGAUGGAGAUACAGAACAUUUCUAGCACACCAGAACAGCACUUGUCACUUCACAAUUACACACUAGCGUUACCUCACACCCCUUGCCAGAGGAGGCUACACAUAGACAUGUCU